CAGAGCCUGGAAGGUCCAGGGUUCGAAUCCCAGUGUGCGCAGAGGAGGCGCCAGGUGCCCUGACGACCCCAGUGAGGGGGAGAUUGUUGGUGGGGCACUGGGAUCGUCCUAGUUGAGUGUGGGAGGGCUACAGGUCCGUCCUGGGGGGUAAUGGUGGUCGGCACCGCCUUUGCUCUCAACCUCCUCUUUCACAUUCCCCUAUGGGCGGGUGUGCUUAUAACGGGAUGCAGCACCCUGCUGCUCCUGGCACUGGAGAGGUUCGGGGCGCGUCCCUUAGAAGCUCUGAUGGCGCUGCUGGUGCUGCUUAUAGCGGGGUGCUUUGUAGCGGAGAUGGUUAAGGCGCUACAGCCGUCGGAUGUGGGGGAGCUCUUCAAGGGCAUGGUGGUGCCUCAGUUGAAAGACCUGGGAGCAUUGGCUGUCGCCAUAUCCAUCCUCGGGGCAACCGUCAUGCCGCACAACCUCUUCCUUCACUCGGCCCUUGUUCUGAGCCGCAAGCACGCAGGCACCACUCGAGCUAUCAGGACCGCCACCCACUACUCCCUCUUGGAGCUCGCCCUCGCACUGUUCAUCAGUGUCAUCAUCAACGUGGCAAUCAUUGCUGUGGCCGGCACCGUCUGCAACAGUGCCAGUCUGCCGCCCGGCGCGGCUGAGGCGUGCGCCAACAUCAGCAUCAGCAACGCUUAUGUUCUUCUGAAGAGGGGAUGGGGGGUGUCAAGAGGGGAUGGGGGGUGUACAGGGGGAGGGGGGAGGGAAAGGGGGAGGGGGGAGGGAAAGGGGGAGGGGGGAGGGAAAGGGGGAGGGGGGAGGGAAAGGGGAGGGGGGAGGGAAAGGGGAGGGGGAGGGAAAGGGGGAGGGGGAGGGAAAGGGGGAGGGGGGAGGGAAAGGGGGAGGGGGGAGGGAAAGGGGGAGGGGGGAGGGAAAGGGGGAGGGGGAGGGAAAGGGGGAGGGGGGAGGGAAAGGGGGGGGGGAGGGAAAGGGGGAGGGGGGAGGGAAAGGGGGAGGGGGGAGGGAAAGGGGGAGGGGAGUGUAAAGGGGGAGGGGGGGGGGGGGGAACGGGCUUGGAUGUGUUAGGUGGCUGGGCGGGGACCCUGUUCGGAGUGGCGCUGCUGGCAUCAGGCCAAAGCAGCACGGUCACUGGGACGUACGCUGGGCAAUACGUGAUGCAGGGGUUCCUGGAGCUCCGUAUAAGCACGUGGCUUCGCAACUUCAUCACUCGCCUGGUUGCCAUCGUGCCAGCUCUGCUGGUGGCUCUUCUCUUCGGGGCCAAGGGCGCAAGCCUCCUCAUCAUCCUCUGCUCGAUUACUCUAUCAUUCGGUCUGCCAUUCGCUCUCAUCCCUCUCCUCAAGUUCACCAG